UCAUCAGUUAGUUCAAGCUUUUGCAUUACUACACAACUAGUUCGUCUUCGACUUGGCUUAUUGUCCGAGAUCAAUAAUCGAUCCUUAAAAAUGAAGGCUGCGUUCGUUCUAUUGACUUUGUCAAUAGCUUUGGUUAUAGCUGAUGACAAAUACACAACCAAAUAUGAUAGUGUCGAUAUUGAUGAAAUUUUGAAGUCCGAACGACUUUUCAGCAACUAUUUCAAGUGUCUCAUCGAAACUGGCAAGUGCACUCCCGAAGGACGUGAGCUCAGAAAGUCCCUGCCCGAUGCAUUGAAAACAGAGUGCAGCAAGUGCAGCGAUAAGCAAAAAGAGAACACUGACAAAGUUAUCCGCUUUAUUCUGGACAAUAAGCCAGACCAAUGGAAGCAACUGCAAGACAAAUAUGACCCUGAGGAUCUCUAUAUUAAGCGUUACAGAGCCAAGGCUGCCGAGCGUGGAAUCAAGAUUAAGUAGACUAUCGUCCAAAAACGAUAUGCUUCUUUAACAUAUUGAAAAUAAUAUUCAUCAGCGCAUCAGAAAUGUAUACGUAUUUAUAAGAUUGUGUGUGUUGAAUAAUAAAGUUUGUUUUAUGGAUCUUGCAAUAUA